AUGCCAUCCUCAAGGCACAAACCGAAUGAGCCACUAAGGCCCACUUUUGCAUCGCCUUGGCAACCGAGCGACUCUACCGGCGGCUCUACAGAUUGGCAUCAUUCCGCCGUUGCCGGCAGUCGACACCAAAGAUCAUUCAGCUUGGCAGGCCACAGCAGCGGCAAAGAGAAGAUUCACGCCCAACUGGGCCUCGAGGCGGUCGAAACCGUGGCAACCGGGGCUGGUGGCGUCAUGACCGGCCAGUCCCGUUCGGGAUCAAGUCACGGUCUGGCGGAAGUGGCAAGUGGACGUUAUCAUGUCGCCUCGGCUCGGCCUGACGACACAGGCGUUGCGAGCACCGCGCUUGGGGGUCUUUAUUUGGCCGACCGACGACCCUCUCUGCCGUACGCAGCCCCAUGGUCUGGUCAGCUGUUGUCUGGACCAGCUUCACCACUCGCAGACACAGCCUGGCUGAAGUGCACAACAGCCGCCUUCUCGGCGUCUUCUUGCGUCGCUUCUUGCAUGAAUACCGCGAUGACGUACAAUUCUGACUCUUCUUUGCAGGCGCCGACGCCAGCAGUCGGACUGGUACCUCAUGACUCCUCGGACGUCGCCAGAUCGUCCAAUCGGUUGCUGGCUCACAAGGCGAUGAGGCAAAAGUCACUCUCCCAAGUGCCGGGAACAGCGGCUCGAGCUGACCGUUCUGUCAUCCCAUCAGCGAAUGUCAUCGCUGCCUCUUCCUCCGCUACCACGACGACCACAGGCAUGUUGACUGCUUCAGGUUCGCCGGCUGCAUUGUCCGACCAGGUCAGGCGACCAACGGCUUGUCGGUUGGGCGUCGAGGCCACGAUCGCGUCAAGAGUGCCUGCACAACAGUCGCAUCAGGCGGCUCAUGAGCGAGUCAGUCAGGCUGAGCCUUCGUCGGCAAGAUGUGGCCCUCGUGAGCAGGGUCAAGCUGACACCGAAGGCAAGAGUGUCCCGGUGGAAAGAUGGAGUAUCGACGGUUGUACAGGCGGGAGUGAAAUGAGCCCGGCCAAAUCGGAGACUGCUUCGUCAGGACGUUCCGAGGCACUGAGACCAUCCGACCAAACUGGACAGGGCCGAGACGCGGGCAAGCGUAAAAUGGUUUCCUCUGCUGAAGAGUAUAUUUGCGCCUGGCCGAGUGAAAACAAUUCUGCCGAGCAGGCACGUGCAAGUCUGGCUUUUUGUGUGUUUCACCAUCAAUGCAUGCUUGACCGAUAA